GACUUCAGCCAUAUACCAUCUAGGAGAAUAAUGCAGCGUGUUUUACAAAGGGAAUUAUAAGCGUUAGUGACGUGUGUCAGCGUAUUUUCAUAAAUGCGCAUGUGUCAUUGCGUGUUUUUCUUAUGAAGUAACGCACCAAUAGUAUACUUAUAGACAGAAAUUCUCAAACCUGCCUUCGAAUAACUUCUAUUCAUCUGCAAGAGUACAGAAUUAAAGGGCAGAUGGAAAAAGACAGAUUAAAGACAUUUGUUACUAUAUUAUUUGUUGUCACUAUUAUUAGCAUGCUGAUUUUGGCAUACAUAGACAAUCAGACUUAUUACAUGAGAUUCCCUCAACCCAGUGAUAAACAGAAAUCCACAGAGACUUUAAAUUCAAUAACGGCCAUCAAAAACUCAAAGCACUAUAUGGUGUCUGCCUUUAUCGACCACAGAGUGGGUGGGAUCAUUCGAGUCAUAAGCAUAAUCAACAGAAACAGUCUUCAGCCACUUUACUGUGUCUACUGCAACACUGAACAGGACUGUAAAACUGUAAAGGCAAAUGUCCAGAUACACAGGGAUCAUUUUGGUUUCCCUUUUGCUGCCUCAGAUGUGAUUUGUGAAGAUAAGCACUUGCAAAAUGCAAAACAUGUUCUCAUCUCAACUGAUAAAGAUUCAGCCAAUCUUAAAAAGGACUAUCUGCCAAUAAAAAAUAGAGUGAUAAGUGAGACCUUUAAAUUUAACUUCACAGUUUGCAUCUCCAACCUUUUUGGGGACUACAAUAAUGUACUGCAGUUUGCGCAAACUAUUGAGAUGUAUAAGCUUCUGGGCAUACAGCGAGUGGUAAUCUAUAACACUAGUUGUGGACCAGACCUGGAAAAGCUCCUACAGCACUAUGAAAGAGAGGGAAUACUGGAGAUUGUUUCAUGGCCUAUUGACCAAUUCCUUAACCCGUCCUCAGGCUGGAAUUUCAGGAAGAACAGUGGUGAUCUCCACUAUUAUGGCCAGUUGAUAACACUCAAUGAGUGCAUAUACAGGCACAUGUAUCAAUCCAAGUAUGUUCUCCUGAAUGACAUUGAUGAGAUCAUCAUGCCUUACAAGCAUGCCGAUUUGCCUUCUCUUAUGGAGGACCUUCAGUCUGCACAUCCCAAUGUAGGUGUGUUCCUUAUUGAGAACCACAUAUUCCCCAAAACACAGUUUGAGGACAGUGGAAAGUACAAACGGCCAGAAUGGAAUGAUGUCCCUGGAAUCAAUAUCAUGGAGCACAUUUACAGAGAACCUGAUCGAAAGAAUGUUUACAAUCCCACAAAGAUGAUUGUUGACCCAAGGAAGGUGGAGCAAACCUCAGUGCAUGUCCCCUUGAAAAGCAUUGGAGGUAAUUACCGUGUACCUUUUCAUGUGUGUAGAAUUGUACAUGUAAGAACUCCACUGCAGGGACGUCUUACAAAAGAGGAACUGGCUGUGGACAAAAGAGUGUGGGACUUUGAGCAAAAACUGAUACAGAAUGUUGACCAGACUUUGAAACAUUCAGGUUUACUUAGGCUUUCCAGUUGACAUGUUUGUAUCAUAAUGUCAUUCACAAUACACUUUUCCCCCAAACUCAUCAAAUUCAACUAUGAAUAAAGAAAAAGAUGAACAGAGGUAGAAAAUUCUGGAGACUGCUUAUGGGUUACGUAAACUGUCUGCCAAACAUUUUUGUUCUGGACCAAAUUUGAUUAAAGCCAUCUGUCAUAAGAAUGAUGCAACUGCAACAUUACUGCUGUAAACAAACCCAAAUGACAUGCUAUAGCAACAACAACAACAAAAAAAAAAGAACAUUUAUAAUCAACUGGGAACUCAGACCUGAAAUGUUUAACUGAUGCUGAUAUAUUGUGUUAAUUUCUCACUUGCAAGUGGUUAAAAUUUGUAAUACAUGUUUUGUUCUUAUUGUGCUUUUGUUCAUGUUUUGUUCAAAUAAAAAUAAACAAUUGCCAGGCCAGACUUA